GUGGGUCGUUCGGAAAGCAUAACACGCAAUUAAUAUAGCUCUACAUCACAUAUAUUUUUUAAAAGCGCCGCACUGCGCCGCGGCAACGCUACAAUGUGAAUCUGUGAUCGAUUAAUCCAGUCUGCAGCGAUUCCAUCACGACAACACAGGACGAAACAAUCUCGCUACGCGUUUCAGGGUGAUCGGUGCCACCUAGAGGGCAUGCGUUAUGGGCUUGACCAAGCAGUACCUGCGCUACGUGCCCCACGCUGUGUUCGGCGUGAUCGGCAGCCAGAAAGCUAACAUUUGCUACGUCACACAACGCGGCGGCGAGCGCGGCCGCUACGUGGCUGUGGCGGCUUGCGAACAUGUCUUUGUUUGGGACACCCGCAAAGCGGAGAAGGUGUUGAUCCUCGCGGGGCAGAAACAUGAGGUGACCUUCCUGUGCCCAUCGCCCGACGGCAUCCACGUGGCUGUGGGCUAUGAAGACGGUGCUGUGCGGAUCUUCAGCCUGCUCAACGGAGAGAGCAACGUCUGCUUCAACGGACACAAAUCAGCUGUCACGACCGUUUGCUAUGACGCACUGGGGGCCAGACUCGUCACCGGCUCCAAGGACACGGACGUGAUCAUAUGGGACAUCAUCAAUGAGUGCGGCCUGUACCGACUGCGGGGACACAAAGGCGAGGUCACGCAAGCGCUGUUUCUCAAAGACAAGAACCUCUUGGUGACCAGCUCCAAGGACAGUUUUGUCAAGUGGUGGGACUUGGACACGCAGCAUUGCUUUAAGACCAUGGUGGGCCACCGCAGUGAGGUGUGGGGCAUGACCUUUCUUAACGAAGAGCAGCGACUGCUGACUGGCUCGGCCGACAGUGAGCUUCGAGCGUGGGACAUCAGCUACCUGCAGGAGGAGCAGGCAGAGGGCGAGCCCAAAGUGAAAAUGGGCAAAAGUCUGCUGGAGGAGGACAAGAGCGUUGGGACUGAUGAAGACACGGAUGAGAGUCCAGAAGACCGUAUUUUGACUUGCAAGAAAGCAGGCUCCAUCCUCCGUGAGGCCAGAGACAGAGUUGUGUCUCUGACCGCUGACAGCAAGGCCAGAGUCAUCGUCUGUCACGGCAACGACUCGGUUCUGGAGGUCUUCAAGGUGCUAUCGGAAGAGGAAGUGCGCAAAAAGAUUACCAAGAAGAUGAAGAAAGCCAAGAAGAAGGCGGCCAAAACAACGGAGGACGACGAGGGCAAGGAGCCGGUGGUGGAGAGGACGCUGAAGGACGAGAUCAUCCGACUGAGCAACAUCAAAGCCUCCUCCAAGAUCAGGUGGGCCGAGUGCCUAUCGUGCACUGGAGGCGAGCUGAAGGUGGCGCUGCUGCUGCAAAACAACACGGUGGAGACGUACAGCCUGAAUAUGCGGGACGCGGCACCAACGGCCAGCAAGACGGCGCGCCUCACGCUGGGCGGCCAUCGCAGCGACGUGCGCACGCUGGCAUUCAGCUCGGACAACCUGGCCGUGCUGUCGGCGUCCGGGGACACCGUCAAAGUUUGGAACAGGUCAACGCUGCAGGUGGUGCGCACCAUGGCGUGUGAGUACGCCCUCUGCUCCCUCUUUGUGCCUGGAGACAGGCAGAUCAUCCUGGGGACCAAGAGUGGUAAUCUGCAGGUCUUUGAGUUGGCGUCGGGAAGCCUCCUGGAGACGGUCGACGGCCAUGAUGGAGCCCUGUGGUCCAUGUGCCUGGCCCCCGACCAGCGGGGGCUCGUUACUGGAGGUGCGGACAAGACUGUGAAGUUGUGGGACUUUGAGCUUGUGAAGGAUGAGGCCAGUGGACACAAGAGGCUGACAUUGAAGCACACGCGCACGUUACAGCUGGAGGAAGACGUCCUGUGCGUGAAGUUCUCACCUGAUCACCGCUUGCUGGCUGUCUCCCUGCUUGACUGCACCGUCAAAGUCUUCUACACGGACACGCUCAAGUUUUUCCUGUCGCUGUACGGGCACAAGCUACCCGUACUUUGUCUGGACAUCACUCACGACAGCAUGCUGAUCGCUACGGGCUCGGCAGAUCGCAACGUGAAGAUCUGGGGCCUGGACUUCGGUGACUGUCACCGCUCAAUGUUUGCACAUGACGACAGCGUCAUGUUCCUGCAGUUCGUCCCCAAGACACAUUUGUUCUUCACGGCAGGAAAAGACAAGAAGAUCAAGCAGUGGGACGCCGACAAGUUUGAACACGUUCAGACCUUGGAGGGCCACCAUCGCGAGGUGUGGUGUCUGAGCAUCAGCCCCAACGGCAACCAUCUUGUGUCGGCCUCACACGACAAGUCUCUGCGCCUGUGGGAGAGGACCAGGGAGCCCAUCAUCCUCGAGGAGGAACGAGAGAUGGAGCGAGAGGCAGAGUUUGAGGAGAGCCUGGCCAAGGGUGACGCUCCGGUGGUGCCUGGAGAGACACCAGGCGAAGCCGCGCCAGCCGGCAAGAAAACGGUGGAGACAGUCAAAGCUGCCGAACGCAUCAUGGAAGCUCUGGAGCUCCUCCGCGGGGAGAACAGGAAGCUGGAAGAACAUAAAUACGCCUGCGAGCGAGCCGGAAAAGAGCUGCCACUCCCCAAACCAAAUCCCAUCCUUGUGGCCUUUGGAAACAUUUCUCCAUCCCGCUAUGUUCUUGAUGUCAUCAAGAAAGUCAGAUCCAGCGAGCUGGAGGUGUCCCUGCUGGUGUUACCGUUCCCGUACGUUCCUGAGCUCUUGGAGCUUUUCAGCGGCUUCAUCCGGCAGGGCGUGGAGGUGGAGCUUGUGUGCCGCUGCCUCUUCUUCCUGCUCAAAAUUCAUUUUGGUCAGAUCUCCAGCAGCCAGAAGCUUCUCCCCGUCAUCGACGACCUGCGCACCAACACGCUCUCCAAAGUGCUGGACAUUCGCGACCUGAUGGGCUUCAAUAGCGCCGCCCUGCAGUUCCUCCAGCGCGAGGUGGAGAGCAAGGAGGAAGUGAUGUUCUUCGCCGACGCCACAGGACGACUGGCGGAGAAGAACAAGCGGCGGAGGAAGCGCGAGAGAGUCAUCCUCGGUGUCGCUUGACGAUAAUUGCAAAGUAGACUGUUGUUUUUUUUCUACCAUUAUCUUCAAUGAGGACAAUAAAAUUUAAUGUUUUGUUCUCACUUUAAA